CACUCUCGGCCAUCCGUUGUUUUCUAAUUUAACGACUUUGCAAAUUACCGUGAAGUUACAAUUAUCCUGUAGAAAUUUAGUUAAUUCAGUGAAACGAACCUCUGAUAAUUUUUUGCUCGGCAGUAGUGGGUUGUGUCUCCAAACCGCCGGGUCUUUUAGUUAGAAUGUACCCAUUGACAUGUGUAAUUUUUGCAACGCUGACAAUGCACUCAGUGGCGCUGGUUACUGAAAACCGGGAAUUUAUUAAAGCCGUCAGCAAGCUGAGAGAAUCUAACGGCACCCUGAAUGGCGUUUUGCCAUUCGCGGUUCCCUUUCACGCUUCGAUACAGGUCAAUCUGAUAACAGGAUACAAACAUUUGUGCGGUGGCAGCAUCAUUCACGCACAGGUAAUUAUGACGGCUGCGCACUGCUUUUACGAACGCCACCCAACGCGGCUACUUAGCGUGGUAGCCGGUGUUCAACAACUCUCCUUGGAACCAAGUCCGCGCUACCCCGUUUCCCGAGUCGUACAACACGAGUCCUAUUCACCAUUUCGAGGCUACGAUAUUGCGUUGGUAUGGCUCAAAACGCCCCUUCCCAUCGACGGGUCAAAGAUCGAUACGGUAGACUACCGUAUCACGGAGAAUAUGGAGCAAAGCAAAGAGGCAUAUCUAAUCGGUUGGAGCAGUACCCAAAAAAUGUUGGAGGUUGUCGACUUUACGACCAUCAACUCGAAAGAUUGCCGCAGACUGGGUUUUAAGAGCAUUACUAGCUCGGAUCUAUGUGCCUACAGUAAAAAGGGGCGUGGCGCUUGUGAUGGUGACUCUGGAGGAGCGUUACUCAGCGCGAAUAUGACCAAACAACUCGGUAUACUGUCCUAUGGAAAGACCAUUUGCAAGCCCAAUCACAUUUAUGUUUACACACACAUACUUCGGUUGGUGAGUUGGAUCGACGCUAAUAUAAAAAGCAGUUUCGGUUGAUACCUCAGUGCUGUUAUGCAACAUGCUGUACAUAUAUGUAAGUUUAAGCCACAAAAUAAAAGCUGC